AUGAACACCAUCAAGAACGUGCCGGCCCGCGUGUUGAGCCGCCGGCCUGGGCACAGCCUGGAGGCGGAGCGGGAGCAGUUUGACAAGACCCAGGCUAUGAGCAUCAGCAAAGCCAUCAACACACAAGAAGCGCCAGUGAAAGAGAAACAUGCCCGCAGAAUUAUCUUGGGAACUCACCAUGAGAAAGGAGCAUUUACUUUCUGGUCCUACGCUAUUGGCCUCCCCCUGCCCAGCAGCUCCAUCCUCAGCUGGAAGUUCUGCCACGUUCUGCACAAAGUCCUGAGAGACGGCCAUCCCAAUGUUCUUCAAGACUGUCAAAGAUAUCGGAGUAAUAUCCGAGAGACAGGAGACCUGUGGGGGCACUUGCACGACAGAUAUGGGCAGCUUGUGAAUAUUUAUACCAAACUUCUACUCACCAAGAUAUCCUUUCACCUAAAGCAUCCUGACUUUCCCCCAGGCCUAGAAGUGACGGAUGAGGUGCUAGAAAAGGCUGCUGGGACAGAUGUGAAUAACAUCUUUCAGCUCACAGUUGAGAUGUUUGAUUACAUGGACUGUGAACUCAAACUCACAGAGUCAGUUCUCAGACAGCUCAACACCGCCAUGGCCGUGUCUCAGAUGUCGUCUGUUCAGUGCAGGCUGGCUCCUCUCAUCCAGGUGAUCCAGGACUGCAGCCACCUCUAUCACUACACCGUCCAGUUAAUGUUCAAGCUCCACGCAUGUCUGCCAGCUGAUACGCUGCAAGGUCACCGAGACCGGUUCCACGAGCAGUUCCGCAGCCUCAAAAACUUCUUUAAAAGGGCUUCAGACAUGUUGUACUUCAAGCGGCUCAUCCAGAUCCCCAGGCUGCCAGAGAGCCCCCCUAACUUCUUGCGGGCGUCUGCCCUGGCAGAGCACGUGAAACCGGUGGUUGUCAUCCCCGAGGAGGCCCCUGAAGACGAAGAACCAGAAAACUUAAUCGAGAUCACUACAGCUCCUCCAGUGGAACAGCAGAACGUGUCGGAUAUAUUUGAACAGACCUUCGGCCCCCCCAAUGGUGUUCGGGAUGACAGGGAUCUCCAAAUCGAAAACCUAAAGAAAGAAGUGGACUUGCUUCGGGCUGAGCUAGAGAAAAUUAAACUGGAGGCUCAGCGGUACAUCACGCAGCUCAAGGCCCAGAUCAACAGCCUGGAGGCUGAGCUGGAGGAGCAACGGAAACAAAAGCAGAAAGCUCUGGUGGAUAACGAACAGCUCCGGGAUGAGGUGGAGCGACUGCAGAGGGCACAGCUAGAGAGCAGCCGAACGCAGGGGCUUUACGUUGAAGCUGAAAAGAAAGCCAGCGCCACGGAAACGCGCUACGCCAAGCUGAAAGAGAAACACAGCGAGCUCAUCAACACGCACGCAGAGCUGCUGCGAAAGAAUGCAGAUACUGCCAAGCAACUAACAGUCACCCAGCAGAGCCAGGAAGAAGUGGCUCGUGUCAAAGAGCAGCUGGCUUUUCAGAUGGAGCAGGUGAAGCGGGAGUCGGAGAUGAAGCUUGAAGACCAGACCUUGCAGAUGGAGCAGCUGAAGAGAGAACUGGAAGCCAAGAAAGAAGAGCUGACCCAGAUUCAGAGUUCGCUCAGCCAUUCCAAGCAGGCUGGCUCCGAGCUCCACUCCCAAGUGGAAGCCCUGCAUGCUGAGAAGGACUCGCUGAGGAAGUCGGUGAGCGAGAAGGAGUGUGAGCUGCUGUCCGUAAAGGGCCUGAUUCAGGAGAAGGAGCUGCUGUUGAACCAGGAGGCAGAGAGGGGUGCUAAAGAAAUCAGGGAGCUGCAGGGGAAACUCAUGGAAAAGAAAAACCAGGAGCAGAGCCUCCAGCAGAAGCUUCUGGAUGACCAGUUUGGUAUGCUCCAGGGGACGGUGAAGGAGGCAGAGAACAUCAUCCAAGACGCCAUUGCCAAGCUGGAUGACCCCUUGCACAUCCGAUGCACCAGCUCUCCAGAUUACCUCAUCAGCCGGGCGCAGGCAGCCCUGGAGUCUGUGAACUCCUUGGAGAACGGGCACGCGCAGUAUAUGACCAACAUGACAGAUGCCACUGGGUUGGUGGCGGCCCUGGCCCAGUUUGCUCACUUGACCGCUGACACCAUCGUGAAUGGCAGUGCCACGUCCCACAUGGCACCCACUGACCAUGCCGACAAAUUAACUGAAACCUGCAGGGACUGUGGGCAUCGGAGUCUGGAGUAUCUGAACGAGCUGAAGGAUAAGCAGUUGUUGAGACAGGCAAACCCGGAGGAUGUGAGGAGAACUCUACAGGGCAUCCUUCAACUGGGCCAGGAGCUGAGACCUAAAAGCUUAGACAUCAAGCAAGAAGAGUUGGGUGAUAUGGUUGAUAAGGAAAUGUCCUCCACCUCAGCAGCUAUUGAAGAUGCUGUCAGAAGGAUAGAGGAGAUGAUGAAUCAGGCCCGAAAUAAAAGCUCUGGUGUUAAACUGGAAGUGAACGAGAGAAUUUUGAACUCCUGCACUGAUCUGAUGAAGGCAAUUAGGCUUCUCGUAAUGACGUCCACCAACCUACAGAAGGAGAUUGUCGAAAGUGGAAGGGGGGCAGCAACGACACAAGAAUUUUAUGCUAAGAACUCCCGUUGGACGGAAGGCUUGAUCUCUGCCUCCAAAGCUGUGGGAUGGGGAGCCACGCAGCUCGUAGAAUCUGCAGACAGAGUGGUCCUGCAUACGGGCAAAUAUGAAGAACUGAUUGUCUGCUCCCAUGAGAUUGCAGCCAGCACAGCCCAGUUGGUGGCUGCAUCCAAGGUGAAAGCCGAUAAGAACAGCAGGAACCUGGGCAAGCUCCAGGAGUGCUCACGCAAUGUCAAUGAAAUGGCGGCCAAUGUUGUGGCUUCCACUAAGUCCGGACAAGAGCAGAUUGAAGACAAAGAUACUAUGGACUUCUCUGGCAUGUCGCUAAUCAAACUGAAGAAGGAAGAAAUGGAGACACAGGUGAAGGUGCUGGAACUAGAGAAGAAGCUGGAGAAUGAGCGAAUUCGUCUCGGCGAGCUGAGGAAGAAGCAUUACGCUUUGGCUGGAGUGUAUGAAGACCCAGAUGAGGGGGAUGGGAAACCAGCUGUGGCUCCAAAGCGGAGCAUCUUGAAGAAGCCACCACUGGCUCAGAAACCUGCCUUCCCCCUAAAACAGGACUGUGAGCUGACGCAGCAUGACGGCGUUUUUCAGGCCCACAUUGUAAAUUUCUAG